CGAAUUUAAUAAUUCUCGCACCUGUGAACCUUUUGAAAUAGAGAAUGCCAUAACCGCACAUGCAAAUGUACAUCGAAAGUAGCCUAUUCGGGAAUGGUCGGAGCUCACAGAGAUGCCGUAUUCAGCUUGGGGUGACCAAGAAGCAUCAAGUCGGUGUCAUACGCCAAUAACACCAUCACAUACAGUCGCAUUACCAUCAAGCGAACCAGGCAUGCGUGCAUGGGCGAGUCUCACACGAAAAUGUAAUCGCAGGCUAGUCUCUACCACUGCUGGGCCACGUCCUGUCAAAUCAUUGCCCGACGCGUCUCUGGACACUUUCAGACGAGAUGCUCUCACGCUCGAUCAGCCUGUGAUGCUCCCAACAGGCCACUUCAAAGACACACUCCCAGCGAUCAAGAAAUGGUUUCAUUCGUCAUCCAGUGAGGCUGGUCUGUCAGUGGAUUAUCUCCAAAAAUACGGCUCUACAAUAGUACCAUUGGAAAUGACGUUGGCGGACGAGUUCCUUCGCGUUAAUGCCCCUCUGAAUACCUUUAUCGAGUAGGUACAAUCACGGCUCACAGAACCGUUCUCCGAAAGCGCUCGUCUUGAAGGCGGAUGUCAGCUUCAGGAAUUGAAUGAAAGUUUUCGGAUGUAGACUAACACUGCGAUGCGUUUGAUAAUUGUAGUCACACCGUCAGAAGAAAGUCGGAAUCAACUUGUUAUUUGGCGCAAGCACCUAUUGUAGAUCUGCCAGUAGAUCUACAGAACGAUCUCCCAACCCCGAGCC